AGCUGCCCAGAAACACAGGAGGGCCAACAAAUCUGAAGCAAAUUCACAAGAUGAGGGUCGUUGUCUUUAGUAUUCUCUGUGCGUUCGUACAAUUCAGCUGCCUGAAUUCCAGGAGACACUGGACUCUGCUGCCCAACAUUCUGGUGCUGAACGUGGAUGRCACUUUGGGUCAACACCCAAUAAACUGUCUAGCAGAUGAUCUUCUCAAGAGUGGCAAUCACACACAAGAAAUCUUUUGGCGGAGGAACGGAGUGGAAGAGACACAGAGGGGCAACACCUACAUGGUGCGGGUAGUGGAGAGCCUGGGAGGGGGCAGCUACACUUGCCACAACCGGGACGGAACCCUCCUCAACCACACUGAGGUCCUAAUUCUGCAGGACGACAACAGUAGGAGGAGAAUUCUAGUGAAAUCUGAGAAAGAAGAAUAUCUGAAAUGCUCCACUCAAAAUUACAACGGAGAGUUCCACUGCUCUUGGACGUGGCACAGCAGUMGAGUUGGCAAAGUGGCAUUCAUCAAAGCUCGACGUGUUUCUGAUGACAACAACAUCCAGUGCUCUGUGGAUGCCCGUGACCAACACUGGGUGUGCGCCUCAGCUCGCGGGAACUUCAGCUGCACGGUGGAUGACAGUGGGAAUGGGGUUUCCUGCCAGGACAAGCAGCACUGCCCAUUUGCUGAGGAGAGCCAGCAGAUCCAGCUGACGGUCUACGUGAGGACCGACCACUUUCUGUUGGAGAUUUACUCUAAGCUCUUCUUCCUGUCAGAAAUAGUGAAACCUGACAAAGUGAGGAUCAAUAAAGCCAAUACAACGGUGGUGGAGUGGAGUUACCCGAGCUCCUGGAACACACCCUACUCCUACUUUCCUCUCACGUUCCAAAUUUYCCAGGUCAAAGGACGAUGUAGGAAAUGUGAAAACCCAUGCGUGGRCUCAAAACCAUCCAAGCCUGUAACAGUCCACUCUACAGACAUUUGYCAAUUCAAAGUGAAGAACAAGGUGAAAGCUGUUUGUGUUCGAGCAAAGGAUGCUCUCUGCGACUCAGAAUGGAGUGAGUGGAGCCAUGUCAGGUUGAGGAGAAAUGGGAAAACCAGGAAGAACAAACAGCAUGGAAAAUAUGUAUGAAGGAAGAAACUCCAACACUCAACUCUGGAUGCAGAAAGGACYGUUAUCAGUUAUUUAACAAAAAUUGUAUUUAGAUUAUUUAAUUUAUUGAUAUGAAAAUAAAA